AUGGGGAAUGGAAAGCCAGAUGAUGGGUCAGACUUUGAUGUUUUCCUGAGAACACAACACAAAAGAAUCUUUAAAGGUUGUCUGGGUGUUCUCCCGAGACGUUGCUCCGACGAUCAAAGUCGUUCUGGUAGACUCACAGACAUGUGGCGGGCUGCUACUGAUAACUUAUGCGGUUGUCAAAGCGAAAUUACCAUUCUUCAGCAGUUUCAUCAUGAAAAUGAUCUUAUUGUCGAGGAAUGGGAAUCUUUCCAGUUCCGAUUCGGGUUUGUCGCUGAAUACGGAGUGCAAAUCCCCCUUUCUGAUGCAUCGCUUUAUAGUCCUCCUGAGGGCAAAUUCGGCAUUCCGAUCGCCCUAUUCAAAGCGGGUAUAUGUUUGCCUACAACAAACUUCUUCAACCUGAUUAUUCGGGAGUAUGGGUUUUCCGUUAGAGAGAUGACCCUCAUUUCUAUGAACAAGAUAGUGGGUUUUGAACUCCUAUGCCGUGCCCUAGGGCGCCUGCCAACUAUUCUGGCAUUCAAGUACUUCUUCAAUGCUUCCACUCAAUUGGAGACUCGAACCCUUUCUCGCCGGCCGGGAGUCCUUACUCUUGUCCACGACAAAAAGUCCAAGAAGAACUGGCAUGAGAAGUUUCUGUGGGUGAACUACAACCUUGUGGUGCUUAGCUACCCAAGGACUAAGAUGUAUGUGGACCGUGCUCCAACACUUUUUGGUACUGAUAAAGAACUAGUUGAUGCCCUAGAGAAGAUCAGCAUCAAUGGCAAGGACUGGCAUGACAACUUCUUGGCUGCCGAGGUAAUGAGCGCCGCUUGGAGGGCUCAAGGGAAAAUACCUGAGAUUUUCGUCGAGAAAGAAGGUGUAGAGGAGUUUAUAUCCUUGGAGAAAGCUUUUCAAGGACUAUUCGAUGGUAAACUUUAG